AUGCAGGAACUGUCUGUCCCUUGGCGAUCCGAGUUGACAUUUUCCUGUAGUGUUCUCCUUUCCGAUGCGAUUCGAUCCCGAACUCUGGAACAACGAGCAGGGGCCCCGACGCCGGGUGAGGCGUGGGCCGAAUAUGCCCGCAAGAAAGUGCUCUUGGAGGCUCAUGUCCCGACAGUCCAGCAUGUCAUGACAAUGGUGCUUCUUUGCGAGUACAGUAUCAAAGCGGACCAACAUGCGCUAGCCUUUACGCUCUCAGGCUCAUUAUUCCGAUCUCUUCGUCUUCUUGGGUUUGACACACCAUCGCGAUUUCCAGUAGCCUCGGACACGCCGAUUGACCUCACCAGGAUAACCUUGGCCGGUUUCAACUUUCCACUCGCCGAGGCGUUCUCCAACGCUCCCGUCGAGUUUCGAUCGGACUUGCAGAGGCGCUGCCGCCUCCACGCAAACGAAGUCUCCGGUAUCAUUGAGAAGGGCUUACUCCACGGCAACGCCGCUUUUGAUGAGCCCUUUUGCGCUAGUGUUGCCAUGGAAUCAGCCAAGAUCCAAAUCAUCUACUCUGCGACGGCGGAAAACUGCCCCCAGUCGGCGGAGACUACCAGACAUAACCUGAAGACGAACUUACGGCUAUUAGAGUUAUUGCAUGCUGGAAAAGAAGGUCGGAGUCCAUAUAUUCGGACCCUGCUACCCCUUUGCGCGGUUUUCGGGUUCCAAGACGUCGCGGAAGAAUGGGGAGGACUUACAUCUUCCGCCACCUACUCUGCAGAAGUUACCGGCGACGCUGCGAUAAAUCACUUGUCAAGCAUCGCUCCGUUCCGUCAGGCUCAGUCUGAGGUGAACGCCAAGCGGCAGAGAAUUGCGACUAAUAGUGCUGCCUCAUCGUCGCCGGACCCCACUGGGAAUACUGCCAUACCAGGUCAAAUGCAACAGCCCGUGCCGACUCAUACCUCUCGCGCGAACUUAGCCAUGCCUGCGAUGGAUCAGUGGAUGAACACCAGCUUUCCUAGAGAUCAAGGAAUAUCCCCGCCUCCCCGCAGCCCAAUAGCUACACAGCCUCCGACCGGCGGUGGCAAUAGCGCCGAAGGCUUGAGCAUGGGAGAAGAAGUCCAAGCAUCCUUGCAAAGUGCUUCUUUUCAAGGAGCACAACCAUCGAUGGAAGAUUAUAUCAGGACGGCAAAUGGCAUGUAUGAUUAUCUGACCUGGGAUGUGUCUGAAAUAUCCGAACUACCACCGUUUGUUACAUUUAAUCUCCCGUGCCAUCCGGACGGGUAA